AAAACAUAUGGCACAUUUCACACUGGGUCACGGCACCAAUCUAAGAUAAAAGAUAAGACAUAUACAUUAGCGUUGUCCUAAAAAUCUUCAAGAUGUUAAGAUUUUCCGGUUUAAUAGCCUUGAUUUUAGUACUACACUAUACUGAUGCAUUUUUUCCUUUGAUGCCAGGAGAUCAUGUAAUUCCACAUCAUAUGCUUCGAGUUGCACACACCAACAAGUUCGUGGCAUUCUCAGCAGGUUUGACACAAAUUGCAACACUCCAUGCCUCACACAAUGAUACAGUUCCAUACGAUAGAGUCUUCCUCAACAUGGGCGGGGGAUACAAUAACACAAAUGGAAUAUUUACCAGUCCAAGAACUGGUACCUACGUUUUUAUGUACUAUGCCUUAUCUCAACAGAACAAACAACUGCAGCUGGAUUUGUACAGAAAUGAUGACUAUAUUGUUGGUUCUUAUGCUCACGUGACGUCUGAUUAUGGCAGCGUUAGUAACUCUGUCAUUCUAGGUCUGGAUGAAAAAGACACAGUUCACAUCAAGGCCCACACAGACGACUACUUAUACGGUCAACCUGAUGAGAUUUACACGUCAUUUACUGGUUUCCUGUUGGUACCAGACGAAGGCAGAACACAGCACGGAUCACAUGGACAAGGUUCACUAGGAUAAGCACCAGGCCAGGGAGUUUUCCUGACACCCUCACCAUAAAAGAAGUAAUACGUUUAUAAAAACAUUAAAACCAA